CCUGACUGGUCGUUGCAGGAAGUGGCAACCUGGAAGUUGAUUUCGGAAAAGGUUAGCUGGGAUUUUUCUUUCAACAGCACUUAAUUGUUCUUCUCACAGUGACUCAGUCCUUCUGUAGCAGUAGAGAGAUGAGGAGGGAUGAAAGGGACGCAUGCUGGAAGGAGUAAGUUGCUGACUGACUUUCUUUGUGUUCCUGCACACACGUGACCACCACCAUGUCUCGUGCCCACCAGCCCCCCCUGGUGACGGGCAUCUCACCCAACGAGGGCACUUCAUGGACCAAGGUCACCAUCCGAGGAGAGAACCUGGGUACUGGCCCCGCAGACCUCGUUGGUCUCUCCAUCUGUGGUCACAACUGCCUGCUGACGGCUGAGUGGAUGUCAGCCAGUAAGAUAGUGUGUCAUGUGGGCCCAGCCAAAGACGAUAAGGGAGAGAUCAUCGUCAGCACCAAGUCAGGAGGACACGGCACCUCCACCGUCUCCUUCAAGCUGCUCAAGGCUGAGAAGAUCGGUAUCCUGGACCAGUCUGCUGUGUGGGUGGAUGAGAUGAACUAUUACGACAUGAGAACCGACCGCAACAAGGGCAUCUCUCCCCUCUCCCUACGCCCCAGCAAUCCAUUGGGCAUCGACGUAGACAAGGGUAAGGUCCCUCUGAAAGAUCUGGAGGCCAUGUUCCCAGGGGUGAGUGGGGAUUUCACCAGCGAGAACUUCUCAGCCACCUGGUACCUAAUCGAGAACCACUCUGUCACCAGUUUUGACCAGUUGCGUAUGGCAGCCAGUAACUUGAAAAAGCAGGCCACUAGGAAGAACGAGGGCAGUCUUGCCUACGUGAAGGGAGGCCUCAGCACUUUCUUUGAGGCACAGGACGCCCUCGCAGCGAUCCACCAGAGGUUGGAGUCUGAUGGGACAGAGAAGGUGGAGGGCUCCAUGACACAGCGCCUGGAGAACGUGCUCAACAGAGCCAGUGAUACAGCAGACACUCUGUUCCAGGAGGUUUUGGGGAGGAAGGAUAAAGCUGACUCAACACGUAACGCCCUCAACGUUCUGCAGCGCUUCAAGUUCCUCUUUAACCUGCCGCUCAACAUUGAACGAAACACACACAAGGGAGAUUAUGAUGUGGUGAUCAACGACUAUGAGAAAGCCAAGUCUCUGUUUGGGAACACUGAGGUCCCCGUCUUUAAAAAAGUGUAUGCCGAGGUGGAGACUAGGAUCGGGGCUCUGAGGAGUCUGCUACUGGACAAACUACUGGAGACGCCGUCUACCUUGCAUGACCAGAAGAGAUACAUCAGGUAUCUGUCUGACCUGCAUGCACCAGGGGACCCUGCCUGGCAGUGUAUCUACGCCCAGCACAAGUGGAUCCUCGGACUGAUGCAGAACUGCAAGGAGGAGUUUAUCAAUGACCAGAGAGUGGGGUUGGGGGCCAUAGCCCUGGAUCUAGAGGGGGACCCUCGCCCGUCGGCCCUCAGCAGGAACAGGGACACAGCUUCUCUGAAGAGGGGGUGCAGUCUGCGUACCCCCCGCCCCAGCACAUGGCGUUAUGAGACGCCCCAGCAGGUGCAGUUUGUGGAGAAGCUGUCGGACGUGGUGAUUGGCCAACUGCCCAACUUCUGGAAGCUCUGGAUCUCGUACGUCAACGGCAGCCUCUUCAGCGAGACUGGUGAGAAAUCUGGACAGGUGGAGAAAUCGAAGAAGAAUGCCAGACAGAGACAGAACGACUUUAAGAAAAUGAUUGAGGAGGUGACCCAUCGCCUGGUGAAGCUGGUGAGAGGUGCUCUCCUCCCCUCUACUCUGACUGAGCUGGAGCUGAGGCUGUAUGGGGGCUGGGAGAGUAAGACUGAACUCACUGGACCCUGGCUCACACAGGUCAUACACACUGUCAGAAUAAUUUUUGAAGCUCUGGUUGCUCUGGAGAUCCCUAAUGAUCUUCUGCAGGUGAUCCAGGAUCUACUGUUGGAGCUGAGACACCACUGUCUACUGGUCACCCUGCACCACACCGCAGGGGAUGUCAAAAGGCUUGCAGAGAAAGAGGACUGGGUCGUAGACAAUGAAGGAAUCACCAGCUUGCCAGCCCAGUUUGAGCAGUGCAUGGUGCAGAUGCUGCAGUCACUCAAAGAACCCAUGGAGACCAAACCUGGGGAGGUCAAUAUCCUUCAGUUGGAUCAGGCCCAAGAUCAAGCCUCAGAGCUCUGUGUGGACAUCAUGAGGGUGUUUGUCAACUGCCUGGAGCAGCUGAGCAAUAAAACAGAUGGAGACGUCGACACUUCGCAUAUAUCAGUGGACCUUGCCUCUCCAGACCCAUUCAGUGGCCUUCAGGAAAACUUCUGUGCAACACCGGAGCAGCGUCUGCUGAUAAUCCUGAGUAACUGUCAGUACCUGGAGAAACACACCUUCCUUAACAUGGCUGAACACUUUGAGAAACACGGUUUCACCGGGACUGACAAGAUCACACAGGUGAGUGUCCAUGCAGUGAAGGAGCUGGAUGAGAGUCUGUUUGAUGCCUACAUCGAGAGGAAGUCAGAUCCCAUCGUAGGAUCCCUAGAACCAGGCAUCUACGCUGGAUACUUCGACUGGAGGGACUGUAGUACACCUACAGGUGUGAGGAACUACCUGAAAGAAGCCUUGGUCAACAUCAUCACUGUUCAUGCUGAGGUCUUCACAGUGUCAAAGGAGCUAGUUCCCAGGGUUCUGACUAGAAUCGUUGAUGGUGUGGCGGAGGAGAUGAGCCGUCUCAUGCAGUGUGUGUCAUCCUUCAGCAUGAACGGAGCCAUACAGGCCCGUUUGGAGAUCAAUGCUCUGAGAGAUGUUGUAGCCUCCUACCUGUCAUCUGAGAGCCAUGCCAACUUCAAGCAGGCUCUGGAGGCCCUCCCCCAGUUACACAGUGGAGCAGACCAAAAGUUUCUCGAGGAGUUGCUAAAUAGGUUUAAGAGCAGUAUGCAGCUCCAACUCACCUGUUUCCAGCCCUCUAAUGUCCAGCCUGUCAAGAGAUGAGCCAAACGUCUGUACGUCUCUUCAACAUUAAUAUAAUGGCAUUAUAGUAUCUCUAUCUAUCAAAUAAUUUGCAAUGCCUAUUUACUUGUCUCGAUAAGCUUUCACAGCCUUUUGUUCAAUUGUUAUAAGAUCUAUAGUAGACUGGAAAUUUGCCUUUUCUCACACUAAUCACAUUUUUUAUCUUAGAUAUGUACACUAAUUUGCUGAGGGGCAAUUCCACGGCAAUGGAAUUACGCUUUUUUCACCUUAAAAUCUAUGCCAAAAAAAACAUUUAUUUCAAAACUUAAACAAACUCUACUACUCUUUGCACAGGGAUGACUUUCAACAAUCCACUGAAAAAAUAUACAAAUUUAGUGGAAGAACAUUCCAGAUGCAAACUUUGGUAACAGAAUUGUGGUAAAAUCUCCCUCAGGCUUUUAUGCGGCAAUGUUUUCCAAAAACCCAGUUAAAUAUCUGCUCCUAAUUAAGAUUGAAAGACGUCUGCAGAAAUCA